AUGAGGCUUCCCGCUCAGGGUGAUAUUCAAAAAGACGAUGUGGAGAACUUGGACUUAACCAGCCAAAGCGCGAAAAUUCGACAUAUCAAUCCAAAGAUUGAUGUUUGGAACCCAAAGAUUGAAUCAUCUUUCACACGGACAGAAGCGCCGUGGAUCGCAUAUAGCCACUAUGAGAGGACCUUGAUGAGUUUUUAUGGCAAUGUUCUCGCCGACAUUUACGUGGCAUUUGGAAAAGUACCGCACGAGAAUCCAAUGGUCAAAGGUUGGCUCUCAACAAUGGUUAGGGAUGAGGUUCUUGCCACCACUGUCUUUACAAUAUCCAGCCUUUAUCUGGCCAUUUCCAGGGGCGAAGUUCCAACAGCAUAUCUCCGAUACAAGGGUAAGGCCAUACAUGCCAUCAACACAAGGUUUUCCGACACAUCAACGGCAGUUUCAAACGAGGUAUUGGCUGCGAUUGCACUGCUCGUCAUGGUCCCGGCGCUGGGAGAAUCGGUCGAGGAGAUCCAGAUUCAUUUACACGGCAUGCUCCAGCUCCUUCGGCUUUGCGGAGGGUUAGAAUCAAUGGGAGACUCAAGUUGGGUGCGAGUUGUCGUCCGGUGUCAACCCAGUAUACCGGUCGACAUCUUCGUAGCACACAGUAAUGCCUUGUCCGCAAAAGAAAUCGAACUUCAUGACCGCCUCAGCAAUGCCAGGCUAGAAAGCCUGGCCGCCGCUCAUGGGUUCUCGAAACAGGUGACGCAUGCUCUGGUGGAUUUAAAAUUGUUGAGUACACUCCGUCGUGCCAACAUUUCCGCAGAUGAAGCGCAAAAUCUGAUGAUUUCAUAUACGGAGCGGCUGGCUGUCGUGAUGCGAACCCUUUCAAUCGCCACCGGCAGCGGGUUCGAAUCAAAGAACAGCUAUGUCGAAGACGCGUGCUGCCUCGCAGGGACCUUGUUCUGUACAUAUCACCUUCUGGGAUAUCCGUCUCGUAUGGCUGUUGUCGUCCAGAAUGGCCUCCGCUUGCAACAGAAGCUGGGCCUGACAGAUCCGGAUGAAGAGUGGGACCAGUUUGGUGAUAUAUUACUUUCGGUCCUGUUCGCAGGUGCAUAUGCAUCUGCUGGACAGCUCGAGGGAAAGUGGUACUUAUCAUCUCUCAAGAUGGUGUCGGAAAAGCUAGGAGGAAAGUCCUGGGCCGAAAUUAAGACCAUGAUUUCCAGUUUCCUCUAUGCUCAAGAAUUGGAAUCAGAGUAUCUGAGGAUCUGGAACGACGCCUGUGGUGGAAUUGGAAGUUGGCCACUGCCAAAGAUGGUCCGCCGGAGUUGUAUAUAG